AUGGAUCCAACGCGGAACUACAGAGGAACAGUCCCCUCGACACUCUUGAGACCAUCUAAAUGGCUACCAUUGUACGAAGACUUCGUGACCAAGAACGCUAGCUCUGUAGGUCAGGUAGAGUCAGCAUUGAGGUCUCUCACAUACAUAAUCCCAGGACGAUACAGAGAUUCGGAGAUCUCGUCAGAAUGCGUACAUUCUUCUGUACAGCUCCUUUCGCUGUAUCAUGAUUCCCUUGUUUCUCGAGUCAUCUCUAGACUUCCACCGAACAUCUCUCGACCCACGCCCACUCCCCAUUCACGCUAUACAAAGUACUGGACGUCCCACUCCUCGCUUUACCGUAAGGUCGCCAUCACUCUUCAAAUGGUUCAGUACACAGAACUACUUUGGGAAAUGAUUGCGCGGCGUCGAGGUGAAAAAGUUCGCUGGCGAGUUGUUAUCCUCAUUGAAGCUAUCAAAGCAAUAUGUCGUUUGUUUCUGCUACGUCUCACAAACUCGAGGCCGCUAGUCAGCCCUCCAUUACCAGAGCGCGAUGUCGACCCAAGAUCUGCUGAAGAGGAGGAAGGCGAUUGGAACGGGAUGCAAACACCACUAAGCGAGCGGUCUUCGGACCUUAGCUGGACCAUGCCUCGUACGGGACUAUCGCUUCCUUGCCUCCCGGAUGUGAACGACGUCUCGGAUUUUUUAAUAUCAAAAGUACUUACCGCUGAUGAUAUCAAGCCGCCCAAAGCCCUUUUGCACCGAGUCACUGGUCAAGGCCAGCUGGCAGAAAUAUUGUACAUAUUACGGCCAGUAGCCUAUGCACUGGCGAUGCAAAGAUGGAAUGGUAAUAAACGAAGUUGGAGGCCUUGGCUCAUUGGAUUUGGCAUGGAGUAUGGCUGUCGACAACUUGCCAAAACCGAUUUCCGGGAGAGACUUGCCGGUGGUCUUCGGGGACUGACAGGCUUGGAGCGCGAGGAAUUGAGAAAGAGAGGAUGGGCUAUGGGGUGGUGGUUUAUGAGAGGCGCUCUCUAUGAAAAUUUGACCCAGCCCUGGUUGAAAGAUUUAACUAGGAAGAUGAAAGGGAAACCACUGCUUGACUUGGUAGGCAGUGUUGUCGAAGAUUAUGAAUACCUGUGGGACAAUUACUACUUUUCAACAGCGACAUUAUGA